AUGCCGCCGUGCUCGAUGCUGACUGCAAUGCAGGUUGCAAAUGCGGCGGCUGGACUGUAUGCAAGCUGCAGACAACUGCUUGUUCAGCCUCAUCGCAUCGCGCUUAAGCAGCCUCAGGUGUUAGAUGUAAACCGCAAGGUUUCCAUCGGCGACUGCACCAAUCGAGUCGUAAACGAGCGCCGACAGAUGAACGGUCCAUCCUUGGCGCUCGAAGUGUCGCUUGACGCAGUCGUACUUGUCACGAUUGGCCUUGGCUGUCCGGACCAGCGAAGACGUCUGCGGGUCGUCGAUGGGCUGCUCUAUAAAUGCCACUACAAGGUCUACAACCGACACCGCGCGUGUGGUGUGGUUGUAGACCUGCAAGUCUGGCCGCAGCGCAGGUCUGGGGAGCGAGGGUACCGUUUGGUUGAUCCUCAGCUCAAUCCGGUCCGUUAUGUCGCCGGACGCCGAAGCAAUGGCUCGCUCAAUGAUCUUGAGGGCUACAUCGUGGCGUCCGUGAAUGGCAUCCAAAGUCCCCGCGCAGUGGUUGAGCACAUGCGCGAGUGUCUCCGACCGCGAGCAUCCUAA